GGGGGAGAGCACACACGGGAGAUGUUUGUCUUGCUUUUGAAAAAUGAUAAGCAUGAUAUUUCUCGACCUUACAAAAAUCAGCGCAGUGUUUACUCAAUCAAUUUCCCGCUUCCAGAAAAAGGCUCAAUCAUCUCUUUUGCUUCCACUCGUUCGUUAAACCCUUUAACAUAAAUGCACAAUCUUUAGGGUUUAAUCUCCUCUUUUCGAUUUUCCCAGACCUUAAGAAGUCGAUGCAGUUGGGGUUUUGGGAGGUUUAUCUUUAGCUUUCACGUCAGUUAAAGCACACCAAAAAAUGGCAGCAUCCACUUCCCUAUCGCUGUAUCCGUACAUAUUAUGUUGCAAGACAAGCCCUAGAAAUCGUUACAUUUCUUGCGCCGUCGGCUCUCCUACUCCCAUAGGUACACGAAGAACUAAAGUGCCACGUAAAAGUUCAGGAAGAUUAGAUGGGGCUAGAAAAAGUAUGGAAGACUCUGUCCAACGCAAGAUGGAGCAGUUUUAUGAAGGAACAGCUGGGCCACCACUUCGGGUCCUUCCGAUUGGUGGCUUGGGUGAAAUUGGGAUGAAUUGCAUGCUUGUUGGGCAUUAUGACCGCUAUAUUCUAAUUGAUGCUGGUGUUAUGUUUCCAGACUAUGAUGAACUUGGAGUCCAAAAGAUUAUACCAGAUACUACAUUUAUUAAGAAAUGGAGCCACAAAAUUGAAGCAGUUGUGAUUACACACGGCCAUGAAGAUCACAUUGGUGCGUUGCCUUGGGUUAUCCCAGCAUUGGAUUCCCAUACUCCCAUAUAUGCAUCAUCCUUUACAAUGGAGCUCAGUAGCUAUUGGAAGUUUAUACCUCUUAGGCUUCUUUUGGAUUCCAUCACACCCAUGCUGAUUAAAAAGCGUUUGAAGGAGAACGGGAUUUUAGUUCCGUCUAGACUUAAAGUAUUUAAAAUUAGGAGGAGAUUUAAGGCUGGGCCAUUUGAAAUAGAGCCUCUCAGGGUGACUCAUUCUAUUCCUGAUUGUUGUGGAUUAGUUCUUCGCUGUGCUGAUGGUACAAUUCUUCACACUGGGGAUUGGAAGAUUGAUGAAUCACCAUUGGAUGGGAAAACUUUUGAUCGACAGUUUUUAGAGGAACUCUCAAAAGAAGGAGUAACACUGAUGAUGAGUGACUCAACCAAUGUAUUGUCACCUGGAAGGACAGUUAGUGAAAGUGCGGUAGCGGAUGCAUUGUCGAGACAUAUUUCAGGUGCUAAAGGAAGAAUUAUUACUACCCAGUUUGCUUCAAACAUACACCGGCUUGGAAGCAUAAAGGCUGCUGCAGAUGUAACUGGUAGAAAGUUGGUAUUUAUUGGCAUGUCAUUGAGGACAUAUCUAGAUGCUGCUUGGAAGGAUGGAAAAGCUCCAAUUGAUCCAUCAACUCUGGUGAAAGCAGAAGAUAUUGAUGCCUAUGCUCCAAAGGAUUUGAUAAUCGUCACAACUGGAUCCCAAGCAGAGCCACGUGCUGCCUUGAAUCUUGCAUCAUAUGGAAGUAGUCAUUCCUUUAAACUGAACAAGGAAGAUGUGAUUCUCUAUUCAGCUAAGGUAAUCCCUGGUAAUGAAUCUCGGGUGAUGAAGAUGCUAAACCGCAUAUCAGAGAUUGGAUCAACUAUAGUGAUGGGUAAGAAUGAGGGGCUGCACACUUCUGGUCAUGGAUAUCGUGGAGAACUGGAGGAAGUACUUCAAAUUGUGAAGCCGCAACAUUUUUUACCUAUACAUGGAGAGCUUUUGUUUCUAAAGGAGCAUGAGCUACUGGGAAAAUCAACUGGCAUUCGGCACACCACUGUUAUAAAGAAUGGAGAGAUGCUUGGGGUUUCUCAUUUGAGGAAUAGAAGAGUUCUGUCCAAUGGUUUCAGUUCCCUUGGGAAGGAGAAUUUGCAGCUAAUGUACAGUGAUGGUGAUAAAGCAUUUGGCACAUCAACCGAACUUUGUGUUGAUGAGAGACUAAGAAUUGCAUCUGAUGGCAUUAUAGUGGUCAGCAUGGAAAUUUUACGCCCUCAAAAGAUAGAUGGCAUGGUUGAAAAUACCUUAAAAGGGAAGAUAAAAAUAACUACUCGCUGCUUAUGGUUAGACAAGGGGAAGCUUUUAGAUACACUCCAUAAAGCUGCUCAUGCGACACUGUCAAGCUGUCCUGUGAAUUGUCCUCUAGCUCACAUGGAAAGAACUGUUUCAGAGGUAUUGAGGAAGACAGUAAGGAAGUAUAGUGGUAAAAGGCCUGAAGUCAUUGCCAUUGCAUUGGAGAACCCGGCUGGAGUUCUAUCUGAUGAGCUGAAUGAAAAGCUAUCUGGCAAUUACAAUGCUGGUUUUGCGUUACCAACAUUGAGAAAAGUGGUAGAUGGGCAUCCAAGAAGGGGACCACCAAACAAAAUGAAAGCAGAAGAUGACGGUAUUUUGCAUUUAGAGAAUGCCUCGGAACCAAGUUUAUUAGAUGAUGAUGCUGAACCUGAAAGGUUCUUGCCCGUGGAAGACAGCAGCAUUUCAAGUCCUGACUAUACAGAAAGGCUUACACCCAAUACUGAUGAUUCUGAUGAAUUGGAGGAACAUGAGCCAGAGGUUAGGAGUGAUGGCACUGCAAGCAAUGGAGAUGACUCAGAAGUGACAGGCUCUCAACCAAAGUCGUCAAAGCCUAAGCGGAACAAAUGGAAACCUGAAGAGGUUAAGAAGCUAAUUAAAAUGCGGGGGGAUUUGCAUAGCAGAUUUCAAGUUGUGAAAGGGAGAAUGGCCCUCUGGGAAGAAAUAUCUACAAGUUUGUUGGAAGAUGGAAUUACUCGAAGCCCAGCGCAGUGUAAAUCUCUAUGGGCAUCUUUGGUUCAGAAAUAUGAGGAAAGCAAGAAUGAGAAGAGAAGUCAUAAAAGCUGGCCCUAUUUUGAGGACAUGAAUAAAGUUUUAUCUGAUUUUGAGGCAACAGCCACUACAUGACUCCAACUUUGGAGGGGAGAUGCUAAACAUAUGAACUAUUCAAAUAUAGCCUGAAUCAAGACAAGAGUCAUAAUAAACAGGGACAAUUGUUGUAACCAUGGAAUUCAAGGGUGAAGUUGGAGGAACGGGAAACGAGGAAAGAGGCUUGUUUUGAGGUCAGUAAAGUGUUCGAUUAAAAAUGUACAAAUGAUAAAAAUGGGUCAAAUCAGAUAGGCCAUUAAUGGCAAUAAUCUUGUAGCAAUAGACUUCCUGUAAAAUUUUCUAUUUUAUAUAGGCCCUAGCCCAUAAGGGAAUAACAACGGUGGAA